GAGACCUGAUACUUCAAAGGUUCCUCUCUAUGCUUUCAGCUGUAAGUGCACACUUACCUUAAGGGUCAAAAUUUUAGUUCUUCCAGUUUGACACCUAAAACAGACUUGGAACAAAGGUCCACCUCCCUAAGAUAAAUUAGAAAUGCAGGAUACAAUAAUUACAGGUGUCAUUCUGAAAACAAAUUACACUUUAUAGUAAGUAAGAUAUUUAUAUAAUGCUGUUAGUCAUAAAUGCUGUUAACCAUAAAUAGUUUGUGGUUGCUGCCUGCUAGUGGCUUGAAUUACAAAAUGUUUGCUUACUAUACUUCCUUAAAAUACUGCUGAUCAUCACUGCUGUGCUAGACUUCUGUGCAGUGAUCUUCAUCUUCCUCCCAUCUACUAAACAUGGAUCAAUUCCCCCAUCAGUUUGCAGUGCUAUGGGCGGAGUGGGGGACCCAACACGUAGUGCAUCCCGGUGGCAGCAUUGCUACCAAAAAACUUGGUAGUAUUUAAUGCCAGGCCUUAAUUUCUUAUGUGCACAUGUUCUGAGGUUUGCAAGUAGCAGGUUAAAAGCCACAGUCCAAGAAUUAAAAGCUAAAAUGAUACUGGAGUAGCUUCAAGAAAAGGGGAGGGGAGGGUUGAGUAGGAGGAAGAAAAAUGCUGACACAGUGUACACUUGAGAAAAAUUUCUUACCAGUUUUUUGGGGAGUAGCAGUUAUGCUUAGAGCUGUUCAGAAAGUGAUUCAGAGGCACUAUUUUUUUUUUCUUGAAUGUAGUAAAAAAUGAGGGGAGCUGUAGAUCUCCCAAGUACUUCAAUAUUUCAUAAACCUUUUAAAUUUCAGAUUAAAAUUUUGAAGACAUUCUCUAUAAACUGUAUGGGCUUUUGCAAUUGGAGGUUGGUUUGAAAUGCAGAUGUGCGCUGAAUUAUUAGGCAAUGUAAGUACAAAUGGCAUUUGAGUGGCAAUGUAAGUUGUUUAAGCGUACCCUGUUCUUGAUCAGUUUACCUGCCUGGGGUAGUACUUACAGAAAAAGACACCUAGUUCUGUAAUCCAGUUCUUGACUGCAGUUUUCUCAACUGCUACAGCUGUAGCUGCUUGCUUUAUAGUGCGGUAUUCCUCUCACAGAGUACUGAAGCAGAAAAAAGGUGCUUAAGGAGAAAGAGGGUUAACAAACAAAAAUUAUGUAGCUCCUGUGAAAUAAAGGUGAAAAUAAGACUGGCAGGUUAUAAAUCUUGUUGUAACUCAGCCUGACAUAUUUUCACACAAAAGCAAUUGCUGAAUCAUAAAAACCAUGUGUGUUUAAACAAUAGUAAGACAACACUGUUGUGCUCUUAGAUACUUGCAUUUGCAGUGACAGCACAAAUCAGCUUUAGAGAUAAGCCCUAAGUUUUGCGUUUGACCUUAAAAAGGUACUUCAGCAAUUCAGUCACAGGUAUUCUCACUGCUCUGAAAGUUGAGGAGCUAUGCUAUACUAAUUUCUUUCUCCUCUUCUCAUCAGCUCUGUCCUGAUGGUAUUUCUAAGCUCAUCUGAAGGAUGUUGAAGACACUAUCUCACACAAAAAUCUUGAAAGGCUUCAGGGUCUGCUUUCCCAGCGAGAAGAUAACACAUGACUAGCAUCCAGGAAGUGAGUGGAUUUUUUCUUCAACAACUCACCAAAUUCCUGAGAAAGAGAAAUUAUUUUUCCUGAAGUUGUUAAAGCUGACAUGAGCAGAGAGGAAGGUGAUUUUUUUUAGCCCUACAAAUCUACCUAGUAUUUGAAAUGCUGAAGAGGAAAUUACGGUUUUGCCACAACUUACGCUUCAGGCUUUUCUUGGGUUUAACUCUAAUUGUAGUAAUCAUUUCAGUUUUGAAAGUCAACCAGAAACAAGACUUCUUAAAUCAGAGACAUCUUGAGCUGACGCAAGAAGAUCCUGUUGGCAAUGUUAACUGCACCAAGAUUAUAGAGGGGGAUAUAGAAGAAAUUCAAAAGGUAAAGCUUGAGAUGUUGUCAGUGUCAUUUAAGAAACGUUCCAGAGUAACAACGAAUGAUUAUAUUAACAUGACAGCAGACUGUGCCUCCUUCACCAAGACUAGGAAAUACAUUAUGGAACCUCUCAGCAAUGAAGAAGCAGAAUUUCCAAUAGCUUACUCAAUAGUGGUUUAUCACAAAAUUGAGAUGCUUGACAGACUUCUAAGGUCAAUCUAUGCCCCUCAGAAUUUUUAUUGCAUUCAUGUUGACAAAAAGUCUCCAGAAUCUUUUUUUGCUGCUGUGAGGGGAAUAGUCUCAUGUUUUGAUAAUGUCUUUAUUUCUAGUCAGUUAGAGAGUGUUGUAUAUGCUUCAUGGAGUAGAGUGCAGGCAGACAUUAACUGCAUGAAAGACCUCUACAGAAGAAGUUCAAACUGGAAAUACCUAAUAAACCUCUGUGGCAUGGACUUUCCAAUAAAGACCAACCAGGAAAUAGUAGAGAAAUUAAAAGCCCUUAAAGGUGAAAACAGCUUGGAAACAGAAAAAAUGCCUGUUUAUAAAGAAGUAAGGUGGAAAAAACACCAUGAGAUUAUUGAUGGUAAAAUAAAGAACACAGGCAUAGACAAACAACUACCACCUCUCAAUACUCCAGUUUUUUCUGGUAGUGCCUAUUUUGUAGUUAGCAGAAAAUUUGUUGAAUACGUAUUAGAAAGCAGCAAAAUACUUAAGUUCAUUGAAUGGGCAAAAGAUACUUACAGCCCAGAUGAGUACUUGUGGGCCACAAUUCAGAGAAUCCCUGAAGUCCCAGGUGCAGUUUCUUCUAGUGACAAAUAUGAUGUUUCUGACAUGAAUGCAUUGGCCCGAUUUGUCAAGUGGCAGUACUUUGAAGGGGAUGUGUCCAAAGGUGCACCCUACCCACCAUGCAGUGGAGUUCAUGUUCGUUCUGUCUGUGUUUUUGGGGUAGGAGACCUAAACUGGAUGUUACGAAACCACCACUUCUUUGCUAAUAAGUUUGACACUGAUGUUGACCCUUUUGCAGUGAAAUGUUUGGAAGAGUAUUUGCGACACAAAGCUUUAUAUCUGCAGAAGAACUGAAAUACUGCAUGCUCCUGUGACAAAACACAGGUACAAAUAGUAUACAGCUAUGUACUUUUAACAUGUAAUGCCAACGGUAGUGAUGCUGAUCAUGGGUAUAAUGGUUCUCACCAUGUCAAUAUGGUGGUGAUGACACCCUCCCUGACUUGUUCAUAGACAAGGGGGACAAAAGACAUCAAGAUGGGGAUGACUUGUGUUGCACACUGAUGUUUAAAACUUCAGGUAUAAAAUAGAAGAUAGCAAUUUUUGAAAGGUCAACUACUUGGAAUAUUUAUUACCUAAAAGAUGUAGUUAAUGGGCUUCCUUUGGCUAAACUAUUUGUUUCAAGGCUUGGAAAAUGCAUGUUGCUCAUGAUUAUUUGUCAGGGGUUUUUUUUGCAUGAAUAUAAUGCUAGUUGAAAGGGAAAUAUGAAGAGGCAGGAA